AUGGUGAUGAUGGAGAAGAAGCCAUGGUUCGGAAUUUGCUCGAAAAUUGUCUCGGCCGCCUUAAGACCCAAUAAUAAUUGGACAAGAUUGAAGAGAUUCAGAAAUCUGGUCGCUGCCCCGACUCCACUGACGCCGAACCGCCGCCGUUGCCCUCAGAUUCCGGUGCCGAACUCGACCUCGCAAUGGCCGGACAUCCAAAACGCAACCGUCGACCCAACCUCAAAGCCGGGGUCAGAGUCCCCUUCAGAUACCGAUCUCGUACCUCGACUCUCCCCGUCGCCGCCCACUUUCGGCGUAAUCGGGCCACACUCGGGCCCGACUUUUUCGACGCCGAUCCAGGAUGCCGAGCCGACCUCAUCUCGCCCAAAAUCGCAAGCCCCCCGAGUGGCUCUUGUAACAAUUGCGGUCAGUACUGAUCCCGGAAAACAUACCAACGCCGCCGCCACCGCCACCGCCACCACCACCGCACCGUUGUGCGUCUCAUCUCAUAUCUAG